AUGUGUGACGGGUCACGAUCAUUGCGCAAGAUCCAUGGUCAGUGCACCUGGCAGGUGCCGUUCAGGCACCAGAUUCCUGAAAGUCGAAGAAGUCACUGCUGGGGAGACGGGGAAGGUAUCAUUCGGACAACGGUCACCAACUUCCAUGACCACUCAGACGAAGGUAUCCCCGUGAGUAUACUUCCAGCGACCUUCAGAGACGCUGCGAAGAUAUGCCAAAUCUUAGGGAUCUUUUAUUUGUGGAUCGAUAGUUUGUGUAUAAUUCAAGAUAGCGACGAAGACUGGCGUGACCAGUCGGCAAAGAUGGCUGAUAUCUAUGCGAAUGCCUUCCUCACAAUCGCCGCAUCCGCUUCUGAAAAUUCAUCAAAGGGUUUCUUUCGGACACCCGACCCGAAAUUCGUCGAAGAACCACUUCCAGGCUACCCCGGAGUAUAUGUACGGCUUACAACGGAUUCGGAGGAUGACACAUGGCCGCUUUUAAGGCGAGCAUGGGUAUUUCAGGAGCUUGUACUAUCUCCCCGCGUAGUACAUUUUGGUCCUAACGAGGUGAUAUGGCAAUGUCAACAAGCAGUCGAAUCCCAGAGUCGACAGUCAAACUGGGUCCUGUCAAGAUCGAUCGGAGAGCUAAUGACGAUAAAUCGUACAACAAAGAUCCUUCAAUCUGAGAACCCGGAUCUUACAUACGCGUGGCACCAAAUGGUGGAGUUGUACAGUAAACGGAGACUUACAUACAGCAAGGAUCGUUUGCCAGCAAUUGCUGCGAUUGCAAAGAUAAUGCAGUCACUACGACAGGACGAUGAAUACACUGCUGGGAUUUGGCGAUCAAGUCUUUGUAUUGACAUACUGUGGCACGGUCCCCGCAUGCGAGCUCCAUGGACCGGAAACCAACUUGCUGCAGUUAAACGGCGCAUGGCUGGAAGCAUACCUACUUGGUCGUGGGCAUCCACAAGCACACAUGUCACAUGGAUGGGGGCCCACGAAGUCCUUUCCACUGUUGAAGUCCUCGAAGUUCGGUACGCAGUGCAUGGACCGACCGUGUCUGGUAGAGUUAUUGAAGCCGCGAUCACUAUACGUUGCCCACGGUUGAGGUUCUGCGACAUUCGGCACCAAGCGGACGGUCAAAUACCGCUCAAGGACGCAAUAUAUGAAAGCUUGUCGGCGACUUCAAGCGAAAUGGCACAUGACGACCCAAGAUGGGAUGAUGUGGGCCGGGGCCGGGGCCAUGACAUCCCAACUCAGCUAUACCUUCUUUUCCUCACUCUGAAUCACGGGCCAUAUAAGCGAUCUGGUGGUCAGUGGGCGCUGAUUGUUAUGGAGACAGAUCAGCCAGGUCGCUACGUUCGCCUUGGUGUCGUUGAAAUGCAUUAUGCUGGAUGGUGGACUAUCUGGCAUCGACAAGACGAAAUUGAGUAUGUGACAAACAAAGAUGUUGACGAGCUUAUGGAGGAGUAUAACACUCGUUUCAUCGAUAUGCUUAAAGAGAUGGACACACAAGUUGUAACAUUACUCUAA